AUGGAUAAAUGUGCCUUUGAUACAGAAAUAGCAUACGGGAAUCUAAUGCAGUUGGAACCGCCCAUCUUCUAUUCAAUUCCCUCCCUGAUUAUGGACCUUAGAGGAAUCACAUUCGUCGUUGCUGCGGCUAUUUUAGAUUGCAUAGGUCACGAGGGGGGGCUGGACACUAUCCAUGCGAUACACAACUGUGAAAUGGAACUGAUCCAAGAAACUUGGUCAUAUGUGCUGGGGCUAAACACUAGUGCCCCGGAUGAUUUAAAUGCCACAAACAUUGGGCGGGCUAAUAACAUGAUCAACCCCCCUUCCUGGCCAGCGCCAUUAGACAUGCCUUCCCUCACAAAACUCCUCCCUUCUUGCCUUACCGCACUCCUCUUAUCCGGAAACGCAUUGUCUACCAAAGUCACCCUUCCCUAUGGAACAUUCGUUGGCCUCGACAACUACACCAGUGAUCUGGGCAGUCCGCUGCCCAAUCCCCUUGUUGCCUACUUGCAUAUACCUUAUGCUGCCCCUCCUACUGGCGCCCGUCGCUUUGCUCGUCCUCAGCCGCCUCUCCAGAUGAACGGCACAGUCUCAUCAACAGAGUAUGGUCCUAUCUGCCCGCAGAGUGGAACGUCGAAGAUGGACGAGGACUGCCUGUCGUUAGCGGUGUUUGCACCUAAGGGUACUACAACAUCAGAUAAGCUACCGGUAGUGAUAUGGAUCCAUGGUGGCGCGUUCAACAGCGGCUCCAAGCAAGCAUUUAGCCUCGCUUCGAUGAUCUCACACUCACCGGUCAAGUAUAUCGGAGUUUCAAUUAAUUAUCGGCUGGGGGCCCUUGGAUUUUUGCCAUCUAACCUUACACAUCGAGCAAAUAGCCUCAACCUCGGACUUUACGACCAGCAAUAUGCAAUCCAAUGGGUCCAGAAGUACAUAUCCUUAUUCGGAGGAGAUCCCCACCAGGUCACUUUGUUCGGCGAAUCUGCUGGAGCAACCUCUGUUGGCUAUCACUUGCUACACGUAGACGGACCUCCGCCUUUCAAGAGGGUCAUCAUGGACUCUGGAGGACCAACCGCAAGAGCGUUUCCUGACUGGACAUACCCUCUGUACCAGACUCAGACAGACGAGUUCCUCAACCUGACUGGAUGCUAUCGAGGUGCAAACGAGACGGCUACGUUCUCGUGUCUGCGAGGAAUCUCUAUGGAGACUAUCAGAAAUGCUAGCGUAUCCGUGUUUAACAAAUACGACCCCGCAAUUACUUGGCCAUUCCAGCCGGUGGUAGAUUAUCAAUUUAUUGCUCGACCGGCUCACGAGUCUUGGGAAUCCGGCCAAGUCAAUAAUGUUUCAGUUUUCACUGGAUUCAACAGCAACGAAGGGUCCGGAUUUGUUCCCAAAAACCUCAACACUACUGAACAGUUCAAAGAUUUUUUCAGAAAUCUUGCUCCCAAAAUCUCAGACUCGCAGCUCGAUACUGUCGCAAAUCUUUACCCUGGACCUGACGUACCUGGUUCACCCUAUGCAAACUCCUCGUUCAGCCCCCAGUUCUCGCGUAUCGCAGCAGCUUAUGGUGACUUUGCAUAUAUUGCCCAAGUUCAAGCCAACGCGGUGUACGCAUCCAAAUUGAAUAUCCCAGUUUGGAAGUACCACUUUGGCUACUUGACGCCCGACGCCGACCCUGCUCUUGGAGUUGUACACGCUUCCGAGCUGUCAUACGUGAACGUGCUUGUAGCUUCCAAGUUCUCUGGAGAGACCGCCGAGCAGUCGAAGAUCAUGAACGCUUAUUGGAGCUCGUUCAUUGCUACUGGAAAUCCGAAUAAGGCCAGCUCUUUGGCUCCUGUCUGGCCAAGGUAUACGCUCCAGAACGAGAUUCAGAUCAGAUUCUCGAACGGGACCGCAUACACUGAGCCUGACAAUAUCCGUCGGAAUGCUACCGACUUUUGGCGCAGCAUCCCGGAUGUUCUGAUGCAUUAA